GUAGUGAAGAAGAAGACUCGAGCGCGUGCUGUCAGUCAUUGUUCCUCGGAGCCGUUGCCAGCUGCGUCUCUAGCAGGGGCCGAUUUCUUGGGCACCGGCGAUGGCCGAUAAACCCAAAGAUGCCGCCGCUAUGGAAGAGAAAAAAGUGGCAGCCAUCAAGGUGGUCACCACGGUCUUUCCGAGGAUUCCCAAAGUGACCAUGGUGCUCCUCGAUUUCUUCAUCAAACGAGAGAGUACAGUGUCACUGCAGAAGGAGCCGCUUGACCAUUUCUCCCAGGCGCAGGUGGUGCUGGCUGCCCAAGACAUCAAGGAAAAAUUGAGCCGUCAGAUCAUCACCUACCAGGACAUGCGGGACACCGCAGAAAAUUUGAUCUGCCUACAUAACAUGGUCUACAAGAAAGACCCAGCAAUAGCCAAGCAACUUGGAGACACAUUUCGCAAGUUCAUCAUUAUCGUCGGUGAACUGGCGACGUCCUUGGAGAAGGUGUCCGAGGUGCCUCCGUCAGACUGGAUGGGGCUCGGUGACACCGUCGUGGCGAAAACGGAAAAGCUAAAUGUGGCUGAACUGGCGCCCUUCUGGUCCUACAUUCCGAAGAUGAAGGACUUUGAAGGCGUCAAACUUCUGGGAGCCGGGGGUUUUGGGGCCGUGUACAAAGUGAUCCACAAGGCGAGCGGCCUUGUUUGUACGAUGAAGCUGGUCGCCUGCAGCUUGUUCCAGAGACAUACGCAGGCCAUCGCUGACAAGAUCGUGGCCUCUAUCAUUCGAAAUCCAUUCCUCGUCAGGUAUUACUGCUGUUAUGUGACGAAGGACGCUAUGAUCACCGUGAUGGAAUAUAUUUGUGGCGUCGAUCUAAAUCGAGUGUGUGACAAAGCCGUUUAUCUCCCGACCAAUGAGUGCCGUAUUGUCUUCGCUCAACUGGUGCUUGCUGUGGAGCACUUACAUUUGCGAGGAUUUUUUCACCGAGAUAUCAAGGUGCAAAACAUGAUGAUUCUACCUGGCGGACGAUGUAAACUCAUCGAUUUCGAUACCAAUAAAAUCUGCGUCGGCCACUUCUCUAAACGAAUUCUAAAAGGAUACUUCUUGAAGACGGCCUUCGAGUACAACGAUGGUGAAUCGGCAGGAACUGUGCCGUACAUGGCGCCGGAAAUUUUGAAGCGGAGGCCGUACGGACGCUCCUGCGAUUGGUGGUCCUGUGGGGUGACACUUUACAAGCUGAUGACGGGCAAGGUACCGUUCAGAGGCAACACCAAAGAAGAACUGCGGGACAAGAUCAUCAAUUCACCUCUCAAGUGGCCUCCGCCCGAAGAGUUUCCUCUGUGUAACACCCCGGAAGCGAAAGACUUGGUCUUCAAAAUGCUCAAGAAAAACCCGGUCGAGCGAUUGGGCUCGACGCAGUACGCCGACAUCCGGAACCAUCCUUUCUUCGACAAGUUCAACUGGAAGAAGUUGACCGCUAGCAAAGAGGUCUGCGAUAUCCGAGCCAUUGCAGAAUGCAUGGGUGGCACUAAGGACAAGAAGGCUGUCGACCAACAUCUCAGUGUGGGAGCCACCAGCAACACCCUGAAGCGAAAGCUGUUGAAAGUGGAAGAAAUGGUGGACGUCGAAGCAAAGACUCAGCUGCCCAUCUACACUUACCUGGCGCCCAGUUUCAAGAAACUGGUCGACGAGUGUAAGACUAAAGGGCAGAUGAACGUCCACUCGUCGUACAUGAAGACUGGGAGUGGACAAUCUGAGGAGCUUAAUUACCAGAAGGCUUCCGACACAGAUGUCGCUGUUGGCAUCACCACUUUCGCCGAUGCUGCUGUGACAGCAGCGGACAAGUCGAUCACAGCCAAGGAAAAAAUUGACGUCAUGCUGUUCCAAGAGAAGGCCAUGGGAAAAUUCUGGGGCUUCGGCGUGACGCUCGUCAAGGUCACCGGGGAACAAAACAAAGAAUUCUUCAUGGUUGAUAGAGUGAAAAAAGGCGGUCCCGCAGAGGCCUCGCACGUUCUAGAAGGGGACGUGGUGGUCGCCGUCAACAACCAGGACAUCAGCACUAUGGGCUUGCCUCAAGUGACCAAAAUGAUUUCUGACUCCGGGGACCAAGUCGUGCUGACCGUGUUGUCUUCGAGCGCUUUUCGCAUACUGGAGUCCCGCCGUGACAUGGAGAAGAUCCUGAAAGUUUCUGGCAAGGACGAUAUCACUGUCCGUGCCAUCAAGACCAUGUGCAGCGGUGCAGGAUACUACGGAUUUCAGACGUACGAAGCGAAAGCGUGGAAUGAAGAAAACAAGCAGGUGGUACGAUGCCACGUCAUCCAGAGGGCGCAGGAUGUUCAAGUGGUUACUCCAGGAAAGGCCCUCUACCCUGGUGACAUCCUUACUAUGGUGGAAGGUGUCCCCGUGGACGCUAUGGAUGCUGCUGGGGUGAAGGCGGCACUCGCCAAGGGAGCCAAGCCAGAAAUGGCUAUAACCAUCGCGCCCAUCUCUCCCUUACGAGUGAAACGUCCAUCCUUCACCAGGUUACAUGAGACGGUUGUCGCGGACGCCGAUAUCAAGGCUGACGACAAGCCUAAAUAACUGUCAUAUCGUCUAUUGAAGGCGUGCUUCCUUUGGUGUUUUGCGUAGAAAUGGUGUCAUAAAUUAGAAUGAGAGUUUGAAACGCUGUUGGGA